AAAACGAGGCCGGGUGGGCAAGCGUAUUAGACGCAUACCAGACCUCGGCCGAACACAAUGGGGAAAUUCCACUGUUGUGUGCCGAGUUGCACAAACGAUUCUCGUUACGAUCCAGAGAAAAAACUGAGUUUUCAUCGGUUUCCAAAAGAUAGUACGCAACGCAAAGCUUGGAUUGUGAAGAUAAGGCGUGAUAUCGGCAAAGAUUUCCAGUUGUCUGAUAAUACACGAGUGUGCUCAGCCCACUUUCCAGCAGAAGACUUCACCCGGACACUCAUUGGCCUUAGGAACCUGAAGGCUGGAGCUGUACCCUCCAUCUUUGACUGGACUAAAACUACCACUAAGCGUUGUGGUCCAAGGAGGCGUUUAAAUGAUGUGAAUCCAGCCCCAGGUUGUUCCAGUGAUGCAGGGGACCUGACUGACAAUGGUUCCAGUGGAUCAGUUCCUGCACCAUCAGCCGAACAUGACUACCUACCUCCAUCGGAGAUUGAGAGGCUUCAGGCACGGGUCAAGGAAGUAGAACAGGAGAAGCUGCAACUUAAGUUCUACCUAGAGCGAUUUUCUUCUGAUGACCAAACAAUCAACUUCUACACAGGGUUCAAAAACUAUAAAACUUUGACCAGUGUGUUUAACGCCCUACAACCAACAGCAAAUACAAUGAUCAGAUGGGCUCAAAUGCAGAGGCAUUCAAGUAACAUUGACAAUGUGAAAAUGUCUGCUUUCACAGAAAGUGAGGGAUGUCUGCCUCUGAUUGAUCAGUUUUUCAUGUUCUUGUGCAGAGUGAAACAAGGUUUCGCAGAGGACGAUUUGGCCAUUAGAUUUGGUGUGUCUCAAUCUUCAGUUAGUAGACUGCUGAUUACCUGGGCAAACUAUUUGUACUUCAUGUUGGGAAGUUUGGAGAUCUGGCCUUCCAGGAGUGUUGUGGAUAAGAAUAUGCCAGAAAGUUUCCGCAAGACCUACCCCAAGACAAGAGUUAUCAUUGACUGCACAGAGAUAAAGGUACAGACCCCCAGUUCAAAGGUGCUGAAUUCUGAGAUUUACUCCAAUUAUAAAAGCCAUACCACUUUCAAAUCUCUUGUGGGAAUAACACCAUGUGGUGUGGUGUCAUUUGUGAGCACACUCUACACAGGUGCAAUCUCUGACAAGGAAAUCACUGCUAAAUCAGGAAUUAUAGACUUGAUUGAAGCUGGUGAUCAAGUAAUGGCUGACAAGGGGUUUCUGAUACAGGAUAUGCUUGAAACGAAACAAGCAAGUUUGGUAAUCCCUCCAUUCCUUGGUAAGAAAGGAAAGUUCAGUGCAGCAGAAGUUUCGAAGACACAUGAAAUAGCCAGGCUAAGAAUUCAUGUAGAGAGAGCCAUCAGGAGGAUUAAGGAAUAUCCCAUAUUUGAUGGGGUGGUCCCACUGUCCCUUGCCCCAUCCAUCAACCAGGUGUGGACUGUAUGUUCCAUUCUUACAAAUUUCAGAGGACCCUUAUUCUGAUGGCAAUCAAAAGACACAAUGUUUCAAUAUCUGAAGGCCUAUUACCAUGAAAUGAUUGUAUGCUAGAAGUUUGUGUACCUUUCUCACAUCACAAAAUUAUUUGAUGGAUACUAUUCUUUUCAAUAUUAUGUAUUGUAAUUUUAGCAAAUAGAAAAUGUAAAAUUGUAUGAAGCAUGUAGCCUAGCAUACUGAUAACUGUCAACCAAGCUAUUAAUUCCUCUUGUAAGAUUGCCUCAAUAAUAAAAUGUAGUCAAAUUUAUCUGGCCAAUGGUGGAUAACAACAGUUUGAGUCAUUUUGGUUUUCCAUGUGUCUAGCUAUAUCUUAAGGAGAAAACAUGUAUAUAUAUGCCAAUAUAACAAUAUGUAUAUAUAACAAU